GUGAGUCAAGCCGUGUGUCAUCAGCCAGGCACCGGUGGCGUGGGUCUCUCUUGUCAAACUGGAAACUAUUUCUACUACUGCUUCUGUCUUAACUCAAAAAUUAUAAAUAGCUGGAGCUUUUGGUCAAAAUGACGGAACGGAAGGGAACAGCAAAGUUGGACUUUUUGAGAAAGAUUGAGCAAGAGAUCCAGGAGAAAUGGGAAAAGGAGAAGGCGUUUGAGCUUGAUGCACCUUCUACUGUUGGCGAAAGCUCAAACAAAAACAAGUACUUUGUCACUUUCCCCUACCCGUACAUGAAUGGUCGAUUGCAUCUGGGCCACACAUUUAGCCUGUCGAAGUGUGAGUUUGGUGUUGGUUACCAGUCCCUGAAAGGAAAGAAAUGCCUCUUCCCAUUUGGGCUCCACUGCACAGGAAUGCCAAUCAAAGCUUGUGCAGACAAACUGAAGAGAGAGAUGGAGCUGUAUGGAAACCCACCACAGUUUCCAGAUGAGGAUGAAGAGGAGAAAGAGAAGCCGACGGCUGUCUCUGAUGAAAUCAUCAUCAAGGACAAAGCAAAGGGCAAGAAGAGUAAAGCAGUGGCAAAAUCUGGAUCCUCGACUUUCCAGUGGGACAUCAUGAAGUCUCUGGGCCUGAAUGAUAAGGAAAUUUCCAAGUUUGCCAAUGCUGAUCACUGGCUGGAGUACUUCCCUCCUCUGGCUGUCAAAGACCUCAAAGAGAUGGGAGUCAAGGUGGACUGGAGGCGUUCAUUCAUCACCACAGAUGUGAACCCCUUCUAUGACUCUUUUGUCAGGUGGCAGUUUGUCACACUGAAGGAGAGAAAAAAGAUCAAGUUUGGCAAAAGAUACACCAUUUACUCUCCUAAGGAUGGCCAGCCUUGCAUGGACCAUGACAGACAGACAGGAGAGGGAGUUGGUCCUCAGGAGUACACUCUCAUCAAGAUGAAAAUGGUUGAACCAUACACGGCAAAAUUCAAGUCCAAAGUCUUUUACAGCAGUGGCAUGAAGGGCAAAAACAUCUUCCUUGUGGCCGCUACACUGAGACCAGAGACGAUGUUUGGUCAGACCAACUGCUGGGUGAGACCGGACAUGAAGUAUGUCGCCUUUGAGACAGUCAGCGGAGACGUCUUCAUCUGUACCAGCAGGUCUGCCAGAAACAUGUCGUACCAGGGCUUCACCAAAGAAAAUGGAGUGGUGCCAGUGGUCAUGGAAAUACUCGGACAGGACAUCCUCGGCUGUGCCCUCAGUGCUCCUCUUACCUCGUAUAAGAUCAUCUAUGCUCUGCCCAUGCUCACCAUCAAAGAGGACAAAGGUACUGGGGUCGUCACCAGUGUACCCUCAGAUGCUCCUGAUGACAUUGCUGCUCUCAGAGAUAUCAAAAAGAAACAGGCUCUGCGAGAGAAGUAUGGAAUUGAAGACAAAAUGGUGUUGCCUUUUGAGCCGGUCCCUAUCAUAGAGAUCCCAGGCUAUGGGAACCUGUCUGCUCCUCUUGUAUGCGACGAGCUGAAAAUCCAGAGCCAGAAUGACAAGGAGAAGCUGGCCGAGGCCAAAGAGAAAGUCUACCUGAAGGGGUUUUAUGAAGGGAUUAUGCUGGUUGAUGGCUACAAGGGGCAGAAGGUCCAGGAUGUCAAAAAACCCAUCCAGAAGAUGAUGGUUGAGAGGGGCGAGGCUAUGAUCUACAUGGAGCCAGAAAAACAGGUCAUGUCCCGCUCAGCUGAUGAGUGUGUGGUGGCUCUAUGUGACCAGUGGUAUUUGGACUAUGGCGAUGCAGAGUGGAAGCAGCAGGCCAAUGAAUCACUCAAGACUUUGGAGACAUUCUGUGAGGAGACGAGGAGAAACUUUGAGGCCACUCUGGCCUGGCUGCAGGAGCACGCCUGUUCUCGAACAUACGGACUGGGGACGCGGCUGCCUUGGGACGAGCAGUGGCUGAUUGAGUCACUAUCAGAUUCCACCAUCUACAUGGCUUACUACACCGUGGCUCAUCUUCUCCAGGGAGGCGUGCUUAAUGGACAAGGAGCCUCACCACUGGGCAUCAAGCCAGAGCAGAUGACCAGAGAAGUGUGGGACUUUAUCUUCUUUAAGACAUCCCCAUUCCCAAAGACAGACAUCCCUAAAGAGCAUCUCCAGAGGCUGAGGAGAGAGUUUGAGUACUGGUACCCUGUGGAUGUCCGCGUGUCUGGCAAAGACCUAGUGCCAAACCACCUGUCCUACUACCUGUACAACCAUGUGGCAAUGUGGCCUAAAGACAGUGGGAAGUGGCCACAGGCAGUGCGAGCCAAUGGACAUCUGCUCCUCAACUCUGAAAAGAUGUCCAAAUCAACUGGAAACUUCCUCACUCUCAGCCAAGCCAUUAAGAAGUUUUCAGCAGAUGGUAUGCGUCUCGCUCUGGCAGAUGCAGGGGACACAGUGGAGGACGCCAACUUUGUUGAGACCAUGGCUGAUGCUGGAAUCCUUCGCCUCUACACCUGGGUAGAGUGGGUAAAGGAGAUGAUUGCCAACCAGAACAACCUGCGGACAGGACCCGCAGACACCUUUAAUGAUAGGGUCUUUGCCAGCGAGAUAAAUGCAGGCAUCUUGAAGACGGAGCAGCACUAUGAGAGGAUGAUGUACAAAGAGGCUCUAAAGAGUGGCUUUUUUGAGUUUCAGGCAGCCAAAGAUAAGUACCGUGAGCUGGCUAUCGAGGGCAUGCACAGAGACCUGGUCUUCCAGUUCAUAGAGAGGCAAACGCUGCUGUUGGCCCCUAUCUGUCCACACCUCUGUGAGUACACCUGGGGUCUGCUGGGAAAGACUGGAUCUCUGAGGACAGCAUCGUGGCCCGUAGCAGGUCCAAUUGAUGAGAUUCUGAUCCGUUCUUCUCAGUAUCUGAUGGAGACAGCGCACGACCUCCGCCUGAGACUCAAAGCUUACAUGCUUCCCCCGAAAAACAAAAAAGGUGACUCAAAACCCCCAGCCAAGCCCUCCCACUGCACCAUCUAUGUUGCCAAGAGCUACCCACCAUGGCAGCACAGUGCCUUAUCCCUGCUUGGGAAGCACUACAAGGGCAACAACGGAGCCCUUCCUGACAACAAAGUGAUAGCAAGCGAGUUGGGAGCUCUGCCUGAACUGAAGAAAUACAUGAAGAGAGUCAUGCCUUUUGUUGCCAUGAUAAAGGAGAAUCUGGAGAAGAACGGCCCCAGGGUCCUGGAUUUGGAACUGGAGUUUGAUGAGCGAGCAGUUCUGAUGGAGAACCUGGUCUACUUAACCAACUCUCUCGAGCUGGAACAGAUGGACAUCCUGUUUGCUUCUGAAGCUGACGACAAAGUGAAGGAGGACUGUUGCCCAGGGAAACCAUUCUGUGUUUUCAGAACAGAGCCUGGAGUGAGUGUUUUCCUGGUCAACCCUCAGCCGUCCAACGGCCUGUUUUCCACAAAGGUUGAUAUCCGACAGGGAGACAGCAGAGACAGCAUCGUCCGUAGGCUCGCCAAGGUCAACAGACUAAUCAAAGAUCUGUCCAGAGUGAAGCUGAUGAGGUAUGAGGAUCCUGUGCUGGGACCACGCCGAGUGCCCGUCUUGGGACACGAAGAACGGGGCAAACUGCCAAUCUCUACCAAAUCUGUGUUCAACAUCAACCUGGAAGAGAAGAGGGUCACUCUGGCAGACAAUGGUCUCACUGUGGACAUCGGGGACACUCUGGUUUAUCUUGUCCAUUAGAGAAACAUUCACUCUCUCAGAUAAAACCAAACACAGACACAGACAUGGGGGCACAUUCAGCAGUGAACCCUAUUUGAAAGAUUUAACUGCAUCAUGAAAUGUUACAACAAAAUUGGUAAUUCUGACUAAAAGCCAUGAAACAAUACAUCAAAAGUAUUAUGUUUUGUGUUAUAAUUUAUAUUGCUCUGCUGCACCAUUUGCUUUAUUACAUUGCAUGGUGUUAGAUUUAAGAUACACACUUUUGUUAUUGUUUUGCAGCGUUUCACUGCUGAAUGUGAUCUAAGGGAAUAUUUGAAACUAAUGGGACCUUGGAAGUUUGCUUCUAUCCUACUUUUUAAACGUUUUGUUGCAGAGCAUUCAGCUUUGGUAUACACAAAAAGAGAUGGCUCAGGGUUUUACAGCCCUAUUCCACUGAUUAAAUUUGGAGGCACUGGGUCUUUCACACUAAUAAGUUCCCUAUAUGGUUUGGGGAUAAAAACAACUUUGAAAGUAUCCCAGAUAUCCAAAGGAUUCAGUAAUGGAAUUGUUUUUUCUGUUCUGUCUUUUUGUCAUCAUUUUUCAUCUAUUAAAGUUUAAUUUCAUCCUCUGUCUGCAUAUGUCACUCUUUCUGUUUUCAUACAGAGAACAAUAAAUAAACAACUCUCUAUGAAAGGA